UAAUCUAGUGAUGAUAACUGACCUUCUUGAGACAGUCCGAUAGCCGUAGAAGCCGAAUCUGUGGUUAGUAUUAGCGCUUCCUCCCCAUGAUGCAUCCUUAGUCUUCCCACGUUCAAAGACACCGUCGUAUCCCGUUCAAGAGAGUUGCCCAGUCCCCACAUAAGCUUUCGGCCGGUGCGGACGCUUCUGUAUGUUGUGGUUGCAUUUGGGAUUUGGUGUGUCCCAGAAGAAGGAAGCACGCUAUUCUUCUUUAUUGUUUGCCAUCCCCCCGCUCAUAAGCUCAUAAGAGGUCUAACCUUCGAAAUGGUGGGUUGCUGGCACCUUUCGUCUUAAACACUUCAUUCUUUUCUAGAAGUAUUAUUGAUAGAGGAAUCGGCGAUGCGUUGUAUAUCGUGAACCUGCCGCUUGUAUUACUCAUAUUGUUGUAUCUAGGUCUUAUGUGACUGCAUAUGGAGUCCGUGCCUUAAGGAUUAAUUGAAGGGCCUCCUGGUCGUUAAUAAUCAUGUCGUCUUUUGUGUUUACUCCCAAAACUAAACAAGUCUCCGAUAACGAUAGGGACACCAUUCCCUCUAACCUCUCUACUUCAAUCAAUAAACCCGAUAAGCGAGGCACAUUCAAGUCAGAUUCAUCUACUAUUGUAGAAAUCGAUCUAGACUCAUUUUCUCCAAAUGGGCUGACCGUUCCGAUUACCUCGAGGGGUCCAUCACCUGGGCCCCCUUCGAAACACAGGGGGAUUCGUCCUAAACUAGGAUUUCGAGGAUGGUGUGAAUCAACAUGGCGGAAGAACAAAGCCCCUAUCCUGAUGUUUCUAGCCCAGUUCUUCGGAGCAUCGAUGAACCUUGCGGCUCGGCUUCUUGAAGUAGAAGAGGGAGGCAUGCACCCGAUCCAAGUUCUUUUCGCAAGGAUGACGAUGACGGCAAUAGGGGCAUGGUUGUAUAUAUGGUGGAAGAAAGUCCCAAAUGGUAUACUAGGGCCUAAGGAGAUCCGGUGGCUGUUAUUAUUUAGGGGGUUCACUGGUUUCUUCGGUAUAUACGGUAUGUGGUAUUCUGUCAGAUAUAUACCAUUGGCCGACGCAACCGUUAUCACCUUCCUCGCUCCGAAUAUUGCUGGAUAUAUAUGCCAUGUCCUUCUGCAUGACCCGUUCACGCGGAAAGAGCAGAUCGCUUCAUUUAUAGCUCUCGGAGGAGUUAUCUUGAUCACUCGACCCGUGUCCCUCUUUUCGGGUGCCUCAUCUUCAUCUACUGGUAGCGGUAUAGCAAUGGAGGCUGUCGCAAAUAGCACAGUAGACGAAAUAUCAUACCCUGGUGGAGAGCAUGUCGUUACGAGCGCCCAACGUUUGUCCGCUGUCGGUUUCGCCCUUCUGGGGGUACUAGGAGCAGCCGGUGCGAUUACGACGCUGAGAUGUAUCGGAAAACGUGCCCAUCCUUUGAUAUCGGUCAAUUAUUUUAGCAUGUAUAGUGUGGUUGUUACGACCGCGACUCUCACGCUUGCGCCGAUUCUUGAAUACGACCAGCCGAAUUUACGUUUCGAACUACCACAUUCAAUGAAACAAGUUGCGUUUCUUUUGAUCGUCGGGGUAUGCGGAUUGGUUAUGCAGAUGCUGAUGACAGCCGGUCUAGCUUCCGAGAAGAGCAACCGCGCCACAGCUAUGAUCUACACACACAUGCUCUUCGCGGCGGGUUUCGAUCGUUUUGUUUUUGGGCAUAUUAUGGGCUGGACGAGUCUUACUGGGUGUGGAUUGAUCAUCGGAAGUGCUCUUUGGGUUGCACUCACGAAGAAGGGAGAUGAAAAGAGAAAGGAGAAUGAUGGGAUCAAUGAUGUAGAAAUAGGAGCUGCAGCUUUUGCGGCUGCGGCGGACAGUGAAAGUGCUCCGAUGUUGAGCGAUGAUUUAGAUAGAGAAGAAGAAGAGGAAGAAGGCGUCAUGUUAGAGCGCUUGUAGAUGUAUGAGGCGUAUGCUGGCUUUGUCCUACCUUGUAUAAGAAGAGGCUGGGUAAAUUUAGCCAUGAGUGAGUAACGAAUGGGAAAUAUUGAAUUGCUAUAGAAAGGUUGGAAGGUUUGAAUUUUGAAUAGAACUUAUAUAUUUAAAUUUAAAUAGAAAUAGACGUCAUCGUCACUUCUA